CUUUGGGGAUAAAACGAGGCGCAGAGAGCAGGCUGGGGCAGUCCUCCCCGAGAUGGCGGGUCUGACAGCGGCAGUCCAGCAGCCUGGAGUCUUGCUGAUCUUCUUGUUCAACCUCCUCCAUCCCGCGCAGCCUGGAGGGGUUCCAGGAGGUGUGCCUGGUGGAGUUCCUGGUGGAGUCUAUUAUCCAGGGGCUGGUAUCGGAGGCCUGGGAGGAGGAGGAGGAGCUCUGGGACCUGGAGGAAAACCACCUAAACCAGGUGCUGGGCUUCUGGGAGCAUUUGGAGCAGGCCCUGGAGGACUCGCAGGUGCUGGCCCUGGGGCAGGUUAG